GCCUCCCACCAGAAACAAAGCUCACCUUUUUUUUAAUUGCCGCAGAACAGCAGAAGGGUCGAGGUCUGCGCUCCCUUUCUUCUCCCCUCCUCGGGGGUUUUGCGCCUGGGAAGGGGAAGGUCUGCCCGCAAUCGCAAAGAAAUUGAGGAACCAUGAUGUUUGAUGAUGACGAUGAUGGUGUGCAGCCAGAGUUCAAGGCUGUGCACAAAUAUUCUUUUGAGGUUGCCAAGGACGAGUAUGUCUGUUUUAGUAUUUUGCCGUUUCAGUUUGAUGAGAAUGAUAAAGUGGGAGAUUGUGAUUCUGAGAAGAAAGUAUACUUGCGUGGAGUCAUGGAUAAAAGCCUCUAUCUAGUGCACAAGCAAGUGGUAGCUUGGAGGGUAGGACUUGACUGUGAGCAGCCAAACAUCUCAGUUCUUUCGAGUGAAGGCAAUUGGGUAAAACUGCUGGAUCCAUGGAAAUGUUACAAAGAUGAGAUUGCUCGAUCAAUAUUGAUCACAGUUCAAAUGCUCCACUUUCUCAGGAAGCAGCAUAGAGAUAAGAGAAGCCUUUGGGAUCGUCUUUGGGAUCACCUCAAUGAAGUUUUCAAUAAACUUGGUACUAAACCUGCCAUAGAUGACUUGAGGAAGCACCAUCCCCUUAUCAAGCUAUUCCAAGAGAGAGAUCCAGCUUUUAUGAAGUUAAAGAUUCUGCACAGGUUUAUCGGGGAUAUCACCAAGACUACCGAAGAGCCCAGGGCCUCGGUCACCGAAGUGCAAUUCACCGGUAGUGAUGAGACACAUGAAAGAAACAAUGACACUGAUAGUGAUUGUGGGGAUGAUGGCAACAACGAUCAUUCUGAUUACGGUGACAGUAACAGUGAUGGUGAUACUAAUAAUGAUGAUGGUACUGAUACAUUAUGUGCUUUAUGCGAUGAUGGAGGAAGAUUGCUCAGCUGUAUAGGCCAGUGCAAGAGGUCCUUCCAUCCCAGGAAGGAAGAUGGCAGGGAAUCUAAAUGUAAAACUCUUGGUUACACUUCUGCACAGUUACAGGAAGUUGAUUCUUAUUUGUGCAAGAACUGCGAAUAUAAGGAACACCAAUGUUUCAAAUGUGGAGAACUUGAGCCAUCUGCAGAGCCAAAUGCUAAGGUGUUCAAGUGUAAUAAUCCAACUUGUGGACACUUCUACCACCCCAAAUGUGUUGCAAAAUUACUGCUGCCUGAUGACUCUCGUGGAUCUUGUGAAUUGGCAAAAAGGGUUAGGACGGGGAUGUCAUUUACGUGCCCUGUGCAUUGGUGCUUUGAAUGUAGAAGAAUGGAGGACAGAACCCAAAGAGCAAUGCAGUUUGCUGUGUGUAGACGUUGUCCAAAAUCAUAUCACAGAGAAUGUUUGCCAAGGGAGAUAUCAUUUGAAACAAAGGACAAGAAUACGAAACAACGUGCUUGGAAGCUUUCUGGAAUUGUUAUAAUUUACUGUCUAGACCACAAAAUAUGCAAGCCUACUGGAAAUGCUGAAAGGGGACAUAUAAAGUUCCCACACACUCCAAAAAUAACCAAAGUUGGAGGUCUUGCUAAAAAGAAAGGUAAAAUGGCUGGCAAACGGAAAAAGAGCAUUGAUCAGUGUUCAAAGAAAUCCACAAAGGUCUUAAACUGGUUACCUAGAGAAAAGAUCGAACACACACAGAACUCAUUGGAGCAUAUGGUUCUCGAACCUGAGUGUUCCGCAAUGAACUUGAAAGAGGACCUGCAAAUUGAACCAUCUGUUGUGGAUAGCAGAACAAAAAAGAGGAAAACAAGUGGACGAAAGAAGGAAAGAUCCUCAAGUACAUCCUGCAAUAUUGCUAAGAAGUGUGUUGAUCGUUCUGUUCAGAUUUCUGACAAGCUUCAUUCGCACAUGCAGCCCAGUGACAUGCAGGACAACUUGAUGGAUAAUCCCCCUGUGGUCAAGGAUGCUGAAUUGGACAAUGAGAUCUGCAGAAUUCCAGAGGAUAAAGAUGGCAAUGGGAAAGAAAAAUCAUCAGAGCGUUCAGGAAAAGCAGAAGAGGCUACCAACAAAGCCACUUCCAAUGAAAAUAAUGAGCCAAAUGGUGUGCUAGGCAAGAACUUUGUGGAUAUACACACUGAAGCGGAUCAGAGUGAAUUUAAAUCAAGAGCAGAGAGAAGCAUGGAGUUGGGAGAAAAUGCAAAUGGACGUGACUCAAUAUUAGGACAAGAGAUCUCAAUGGGAGAAAAUCAAAUGUGUCGAAACCUAUGUGAACAAGAAUUAAGAUCAGGUAAAAGGAAGAAUGCCAGUAAUAAAAGCGCUAAAUUUGGUUUGGGUAACGGUGUAGUGACACCAGAUCAUGCUGAUGACAAUCCUCCUGAAAAGCUGCUGCAUGUUCCACAUGUGGAUAAGAUGACUAUUAUAGAUAAACAACACACUCAGCCAGAAUAUUGUCGUGACAAAGGCCGAGAAGGUAAUGCGAGCCAUGCUUUUCAAGAGGAGCCAAAUAAUGAGCAAAAUCAUGUGCUAGACAAGAUCUUUGUGGAUAUACACGCUGAUGUGGAUCAGAGUAAAUUUAAAUCAAGAUCAGGGAGAAGCAUGGAGUUGGGAGAAAAUGCAGAUGGAGAUGACUCAAUAUCAGAACAAGAGAUCUCAAUGGCAGAAAAUCAAAUGUGUCGAAGCCUGUGUGAACAAGAAUCAAGAUCAGGUAAUGGGAAGAAUGCCAGUAAUGAAAGUGCUAAAUCUGGUUUGGGCGACGUUGUAGUGACACCAGAUCAUGUUGAUGGCAAUCCUCCUGAAAAGCUGCUGCGUGUUCCUCAUGUGGAUAAGAUGACUAUUACAGAUAGAAAACACACUCAGCCAGAAUACGGUUGUGACAAAGACCAAGAGGUUAAUGCGGGUCAUGCUUUUCAGGAGGAACCAAAUAGUUCUCGAUGCGAUGUUAAUCGUAAAGCGAUGGCCAUAGAUACUUCAGGUGACAAGUCAAGAAAGAGAAGAAAGCUCAAGGAAAAAGCAGCUGAUGGUAACAACACAGACUUGGAUAAGAACAAGAGAUGCAAUCACAUUGAAGAUAGGUGGCCCAAUGGUUCUCGGUGCCAUGAUGAGAACGGUAGAACUGAGGUUUCUGAAUAUAAAUCCAUACAGAGUACUAGAUCAAAUAGAAGAGAAAUCUUGACCCAUAGUACAAGGGAAAAUUCAUCUAACUCAAAGAUGCCUAGAAAUUCUUGGGAGAAACCAAGAAAGCAUUCACCAAACAGGCAGAGGACAUACCAUGACAUGUAUGAACAACAUCCCGCAACCAACAAACAUAGGUAUGAACAGUGGCAUCAUGUUAGCUAUCCCAGUAAUCGUAAUUAUGACCUGAGGAGUCAUGAUCCCUUGCGGCCAGUGUUUGCUCCUACUGAUUUUGAUGCUAAUGGAUGCUAUGAUCCCCAUUUAUACCUGAGAGAAGCAGAACAUGAUAUUCCUGGAUGGAACAGUCCCUGUUUCGACCCUGGAAAUCAGGAAUAUUUUACCAGUGGAUGGCACGGUCCUCCUUAUUGUCCAGCAAGACCAGAGGAUGUAGACUAUUCAAGGAAUGUGAACAACUUGCCCUUUCGGGGAUAUGAUGAGCGCGGCAAUUUCAUGCAUGGUGAAUACCGUGCAAUGGGAUUUGAUCCUUCCUCUAUUUAUCCCCCCCUUCAGGUCAGCAACAAUGGCACAUAUCAACCUCACCCAGAUGUCAGCGUGGAAGGACGGGGAGCAGCAUAUGGUGGGCGCAAUAGAGAGUAUGGAGCUAGAUCGAAUUAUACAUUUGCCUUGGGACCUCAGCGCCCAGCUGCAGGGUCAGUUAUGGAAAGGUAUGCUCCUCGCCUUGAGGAAACAAAUAAUCGACCAAGAGGGUGACCUACAUCAUGACCUGCCUCAUAUUCAGUGGUAGCAGGACUUGACACUAACUCUAUGCCAUCACAAUCACCUGCCCUUUUCAGACAACGAAAAGCUUUCAGGAACCUAAUCUGAGUAGGUAGCGUAUGUAUUCCGACAUGUCCUAAGGUUGAAGUCACUGUCGUAAUCACGUAAUCCUCUGUUGUGAUGGCUUGUAUGAUAUGAUCUGAGUUUUAGAACUCCAAUGCACCCGAUCCGAAAAGCAUCGUGCGUUUGUCGUUCAUUAGAUGCUUUACUUGACGUGACUUGUGUGGAGAGGCUUAUAAUCUUCCUAUACCCCUAGGCGUUUUGUUGUUGUCAUGUUGGUUGACUCGUUGCUGCUGCAUGUGAUUCAUUUGUACAGUAUUUUACCUUUUUUUUUCUCCUUCGUUUUGAUGGUUGCGAAGAUGAAUUUGCUUA